GCUGAAAACUAGAAAGAGAGGAGAACGAUAUAGGAAGAAAAGAGUGGGAGAAAAAGAGAAGGGGAGGAGAGAAAGAGACGGGGGGACAACGAGGAGAAAAAGAGAUUGCAAGUCAGAUGGAGUGUAGGAAAACGAUAGAGCUAGAGCGUGUCAGGAGUGUGUUGGAGUAAGUGAUAAAAAGUGCAAGAGCGUAAGACAAUAUGUGAUAGAGAGGGAGAGGGAGGGAGAGACAGAGAUGCGGCGAAAAGGGGAGUGAGGCGAAAUUGAAUUGUAGAUAGAGGGACCUUCACUCCUCCUCCUUCCCUCCCUCUUUUAUCAAUCUCCUCUGAAACCACGCCUCCCUCCUUUCACUUGGGUGUGCAUCUAUAACAGUGGGCGGCUGUGUGGGGGAUAGACUCUCAGACUGCCAGCAGAGCGGACAGUAGGGCACAGGACAGGAGUGUGCCAAGACUGGUCAGAGCAGGUGUAUGCCUGUGUGUGAGCUGACGGACGGAGCUCUGUGUGCGUCCUGUGUGUGUCGCCUCACCCGCUCCACCCAGGGACAUCGCUUCUGAGGAGCACAGCUGGGAGCUCCAUGUUAUGAUGACUGCAGAUAAAGAGACCGUGGUCUCUGAACACUGCGAGAGAACAUUUGAGAAGCAUUGUUUGGAACGGAAGUGAGGGAGUACGGCAGCAGAGUGGCCCCUGCUUCAGUGAGAAGGAGGUGAAGACAAGGUAGAGCCAUGGGAGGACGGGGCCUCCUUCUCCUCCUCCUCCUGGGGGUGGUCUCCCCGGCCCAGGGCUCGUCCUUCCUCUCCGGCCAGCGCCACCGGAUACGUCUGCAGAGGGAUCGCCAAGCCCGCAACAAUGUCCGACCCAACAUCAUCCUCAUCCUCACUGACGACCAGGACAUCGAACUGGGCUCAAUGCAGGCCAUGAAUAAGACACGGCGUAUCAUGGAGCAGGGAGGCACCCAUUUCUCUAACGCCUUCUCCACCACUCCCAUGUGCUGCCCAUCGCGCUCCUCUAUUUUGACAGGGAAGUACGUUCACAACCACCACACCUUCACCAACAACGAGAACUGUUCCUCGCCGUCCUGGCAGGCCCACCAUGAGCCUCACACCUUCGCUGUGCACCUUAACAACUCAGGCUACAGGACGGCCUUCUUUGGGAAGUACCUGAAUGAGUACAACGGCUCGUAUGUGCCCCCUGGCUGGAGGGAGUGGGUAGCGCUGGUGAAGAACUCUCGCUUCUACAACUACACUCUGUGCAGGAACGGUGCGCGGGAGAAGCAUGGCAGCAACUAUCCAAAGGACUAUCUCACAGACAUCAUCACCAAUGACAGCCUCAACUACUUCCGCUCCUCUAAGAGGAUGUACCCCCACCGACCAGUGAUGAUGGUCCUGAGCCACGCUGCCCCACAUGGGCCAGAGGACUCAGCACCGCAGUACAGCACUGCCUUCCCCAACGCCUCGCAGCACAUAACCCCGAGCUAUAACUAUGCUCCUAACCCAGACAAGCACUGGAUCCUGCGCUACACAGGCCCCAUGAAACCCGUCCACAUGCAGUUCACCAACAUGCUGCAGCGCCGGAGGAUGCAGACCCUGCUGUCUGUGGACGACUGUGUGGACAAGGUGUACAACAUGCUGGUGGAGACAGGUGAGUUGGACAACACCUACAUUGUUUACACAUCAGACCACGGCUACCACAUUGGCCAGUACGGCCUGGUCAAGGGCAAGUCCAUGCCCUACGAGUUUGACAUCCGGGUGCCCUUCUACAUACGAGGCCCCAAUGUGGAGGCAGGAGCCAUUAACCCUCAUGUGGUGCUGAACGUUGACCUGGCUCCCACACUGUUGGACAUGGCCGGAGCCGAUGUUCCCUCUGAUAUGGACGGCAAAUCCAUCCUCAAACUCCUGGACACAGACAAACCUGUCAACAGGUUCCAGGUGAACAAGAAGGGGAAGAUGUGGAGGGACUCCUUCCUGGUAGAGCGAGGGAAACUGCUCCACAAGAAGGCUGAUGGGAAGGAGGUGGCCCAGGAGGAGAAUUUCCUCCCCAAGUACCAGCGGGUCAAAGACCUGUGUCAGAGGGCAGAGUACCAGAGCUCCUGUGAACAGCCAGGGCAGAAGUGGCAGUGUCUGGAGGACCCGUCUGGUAAGUUGAGGCUGUAUAAGUGUAAGGGAAUGGCCAGUCUCUAUGCCCCACGUAUGCAGGCUCUGAUGGCCAGCAGCGGGUCCCAGCAAUGGGUUGGACACGUCUCCAAUGCUGGAGACAGCUGUGACUGUGGCCCCCUAGGCCUCAAAAUUACACCCCUGAAGAGGAAGAGACUGCUUACCAAGAAAAAGGUAAAGUCCACUAAGAGUCUGACUAGGAACCGUUGGGCCCGGUCCAUUCCCUUUGAGCUGGAUGGAGACCUUUAUGCUGUGGACCUGGAAGAGGGCUACAGGCCCGUGGGCCUCCGGAAUACCAGCAGGCCUGGGGAGAGGAGGAGAGGAGCGGUCCUGCAGGAAGACGACGAUGAGGAGUUCAGUGGAAUGGGAGUUACAGCCAGACCUACAACCAGCAACAGCCUUACACCACCUGCCGCUCUUAAAGUCACCUACAGGUGCUCCAUCCUGAUGAAUGACACAGUCAGGUGUGAUGGAGGACUCUACAAAUCCCUCCAGGCCUGGAAAGACCAUAAGCUCCACAUCGAGCACGAGAUUGAAACCCUGCAGACGAAAAUAAAGAACUUGCGUGAGGUCAAAGGUCACCUGAAGAAGGUUCGGCCUGAAGAGUGCCAGUGUAACACCCCCAAUUACCUGUCCAAGAACAAAGGGAUGUUCAGACUCGAUGCAGGCCGCAUUCACUCACUAAACAAAAUGCCCUCUAAGCAGAAGAAGCAGUGGCUGAUGAAGGAGCAGAAACGUAGGAAGAAACUCCGUAAACUGCUCAAGAGGCUCCGCAACAACGACACCUGCAGCAUGCCUGGUCUCACCUGUUUCACCCAUGACAACCAGCACUGGCAGACUGCCCCCUUCUGGACAAUGGGUCCAUUCUGUGCUUGUACCAGUGCCAACAACAACACUUACUGGUGCCUCAGGACCAUCAACGACACACACAACUUCAUAUUCUGCGAGUUCGCCACAGGUUUCAUAGAGUAUUUCGAUCUGAACACUGACCCAUACCAGUUGAUAAAUGGGGUUAGCACCCUGGACCGCACUGCCCUCAACCAGAUGCACCAGCAACUUAUGGAACUGCGGAGCUGCAAAGGCCACAAGCAAUGCAAUCCAGAGACAGGUGGUAAAGACAGAAACUCUUUAAGUGAAUACAGGCCAGUUCAUCGUCGAAAGAGGCCAAAAGUGAAGAAGCCCUCUUCCAAAUCCCUAGGGCAGAUUUGGGAAGGAUGGGUUGGUUAACAACCUGUGUCCCACAACCCACCACAUUGCAGUCUGCCAAUAGAGGAGGACCAGAACUACUGGUGAACCUGAGGACUUUGUACAGACUUCAUGGGAAUGUAAUCUGAUCUACCAUUAUUGUGGGAGUUUAUGGAGGACGAUGCUGAUCCUACAUUAGCUGCCACUGAUGCUCAGAUCAUCACCCAGCAAAGCAAAUACUGAAACAUCCAAGAAAAUGAAAACUAUAACCUCUCCUGUCUUCUCUCUUUCUCUCUCUCUCUCUCUCACACACACACACACACACACUCAUUCACUCGCACAGGAAUGUCCUCACCUCUCAUCUCCCAUCACGCCAGUUGUCAGGACCGCCAAACUGAGUUGGAGACUGAUCAGUUGAGUGGGGAUACACUUCGAACCUAUACUUUGACUUCCAACAGUCACCCUGUGUGAACAGUGAAUGUGAGGUGUGUUUAAUAUUAGUCUCUCAUAACCGCCUUAACAUUGGGUACCAAGAUUAGUUUAAUGUCAAUUCUGCUGCCACAACCUGAAAUGUAUCAUCCCUUAUGGCAUUGUGCCACAUCUGGGUUAAAUCGUCACCCCGUGGGAGUAUGAUGUCAGGCGAUAACAUCAAGUCAAGCUUUCGCCUCACUGCACAGCAUGAAAGGUAUUGUCCAGAACAUGCUAGCACGCCUGAGGGGUAUGCUACAAAGCAGUAUAAAGGAGUUAGCCUGCUAACUUGCCUGAAUAUUCUGAAAUAACUUAUUACUUCUUAGAAAGAUAAGCUUGACAUAUGUAUGGUCUAAUUAACUUAACCAUAAACACAUAUCUAUGUUUAGCUUUCUUAAUGAACCAGAAAAUCAACUGUAAAAUGACAUCCACCAAUGAAAUGUACGCAUUCUGCUGGUGUGAAGAUGUUUGUUUGGUAGUCUCGUCUGUAUCAUUGCCUAGGGGUGGUGGGGUAGUGGUUAGAGAAGUCCUGGUUUGAAGUGAACAACUUUAUCAAAGUUGAACCUGCUUUGUAGUAUACAACUCUGGAAACUUCUCACUUCUUUUUGUUUGUGUUAUGGCUACAGAAUGGUUCCCCAGGACAUUUACUCCAUUAUUUUGCAAUAUACAUUAUAUUAACGUUGAUGUCAUGCGAGGAUUCUUUACACCCCCCCAAGGAUGAUACAGGAGUGAGAACGACAACACACCAGACUGUAUGGGGAUGGAGCUGGGCAGGAUAUGAAAUACACAUCACAUCACCACCUAGCUUAUCCCCCCUAGUUCACUUUAAACCAGGAUGGAACUUCGCUAACCACUACCCCCCACCCUCCUAGACAAUGGUACAGACGAGACUACCAAACAAGCAUCUUCACACCAGCGGAAUGUGUACAUUUCAUAAGUGGAUGUAAUUUUACUCCUUUGUAUUGCUAAUGCCACCUGCUAGAUCCAAUCAUGUUAGUUUGUUCAGCUUGCUAUACAUGGUGCUAUGAUAACAUUGCGAAAAAUAAAGACUUGCUGUACAGUAUGUAUUUGAAUGUAUGUUGUGCAAUUAAUAUACAUGUUUACAAUAUUUUUUAUAAUUCAGAAAAAUAGGCAGACCUCUCUUUCGUGUUUGAUAUGAGUUGACAAAUAUUACCUUUUAGAAAGAACGUAGCUUGAUGAAUUUUCCUAGCUCUGUAUUUGUCCAUUUGUCCUGUCUGGACAUCUCUCUGAAUUUCUCCUCUGCUCUCUCAAACCCCACUGUAGUUUUAAAAUACUUAUUUAAGAUGAGAAAGCAUUUAGAAAAUAUUCACUGUGAAAAUAAGUCCCUGUAAAAUGACUCUGUUGUACACAAGAGUAAACAAGUUCCACAACAAUGUAAUGCAUCUUGACUUGCAUAUUAAUUUAUUGCCCUCAUGUUUAGCAUUCUUUGUUUCUUAGCAGUGAGACUCCCAUAGCAGAGUUUUGAUUGUGAAUAAAGUGUUGAUUGCCCUCA